AUGACUUCGAAACAGGACUCGGCGCCAACAACUGGAUACAACAUGGGGUAGGAGUUCGGAAGAUUCGGAAAAGACGUCGAAUCGUUCUAUUCAGACAUCGUCACUCGCUGACCAUCGAGACCAAUCCGCUCCAUUUGUUGCCUUCCAACAUGCGACGUUUCUCUCAGGUACGCGCUUUCUGACUGCACAGCUCUUGAUUCGGUUAAAAGCGGCGAUGAUCAUGCGCGCGCGUGUUUUCUCUGAAUAGUUCAAUAUUUGGCAGGCGGACACCGCCCGUCACCCAGCUGCUCCGUUGCUCUCGAAACUCGCCGCCCGCCAGCAGAUUCCAGAAUCAGUAGCCGAGAAGAAGGACGACGAGAAGCCGGAGACGAAGUGA